AUGUUCGAGGAGAUUGACCGCAUGCUUUUUGAUGCCCCCUUGGCAACCACUAGCCCACCGACCACUAUAAAUCAACAGACUAGUGCGACGGCUGAAGUCUCCGUCCCCGGACCACUUAACUACGAUGACAAUGGGAAGAAAGGAGAAGCAAGUGGAAGGGCGGGAAGCUUGGAACACCUUCGGAAAGGCAUCUUCACUAGUCGUCAGCCUAUGGGGCAGAUGAAGCAACUGAGGCGAGCCCGUAUCCUUGGCCAACAAGGUAGGCAACUAAAAACAAGCCUUAAUUAA